GUCGUCAUAUGGGUCUGGGGCUCAAUGUCCCGCAAGCUCCUCAAGCUGAACAGUAUUCCGAAAAUCAUGAGUAAAAGAAAAGCAAAUUUAAGUAUUAAAAAUAAAACAUCUGAGCCCCGAAUUGAAAUCGAAACAGAUCAUUCUAGCAAUGAGACAGUGUCGAAAUAUUUUGUUAUUGAGUCUCGAAAACCGAUUAGAAAACGCACACACAUCGAAAUAAAAUAUGAAAACGACCAGAAAUCCCCGAAAGAUCCCGAAACAAAAAAACGACAAUUACCUGAAACCGUUGAAGCUGGAAAUCACGAUGGAGACAAGUGGGUUCCAAAUAACUGGCAAAAGACUCUGGAUCUCAUAAAAGAAAUGAGGAAAGAUAAUACAGCUCCUGUGGACCAAAUGGGUUGUCACAAGUGCUCAGACAAAAAAGCAAGUCCUCCAGUUUUUCGGUUUCAGUCACUUCUAGCCCUGAUGCUGAGCAGCCAAACGAAGGAUCAGGUCACCCAUUCAGCCAUGGAGAGACUGAAAAAUUAUGGAUGCACCCCCCACAUCCUGCAUCAAACACCUGACAAUGUCCUGGAGAAAUUGAUUUAUCCUGUAUCAUUUUACAAGCGUAAAGUCCAGUACAUAAAGAAUACCUGUGAAGUUCUUCUUCGGGAGUAUAAAGGGGACAUUCCAGACACCAUUGAGGGACUUUGCUCCCUACCAGGGGUCGGUCCCAAGAUGGGCCACAUCUGCAUGCAAGUCGCCUGGAACCAAGUGACAGGAAUCGGAGUUGACACCCACGUUCACAGGAUCUGCAAUCGUCUUAAAUGGGUAAAGAAGGAGGCGAAGACUCCAGAGGAGACGAGGAAGCAGUUGGAGGAGUGGCUUCCUAAGGAACUCUGGACUGAACUUAAUUAUCUGUUCGUUGGAUUUGGCCAGGAGAUUUGUCUUCCACAGCAUCCAAAGUGCGGACAGUGUCUCAAUAAAAGUCUCUGUCCAUUUGCCAAUGCAUGAAGCCUCUCAUUUUCCACAAAAUUACAGUAUUACUCAUUUCAAAUCCAAUUAUUUGCUGAAAACCAAUGGAAUUUAUGAAGUAAAAUGCAUAUUUUUUCAA